GAUGUCGCCACUGUAAACGGAGAUUAGGUUUUUCCAGCUGUAUUACGGAGGAAGAGGAAAGCCCAUCGCUGUUUGCUCCGCGGAUUGAAAGCUUGCUCCAUCACCGCAUCUUAUGGCGGUGCCGAAGGAGGUUUUGUCGAGUAAAAUGGACAUUAAGCUAACAGCGGGCGAUGCGUCGUAGUGUUUAAGAAAAACUUAAACCGGGACUAAGCCAUACGUCAUCUGAAUGUGAAAAAUCAGCGUUCGACGUUUCUGUGCUGAAGUCGGCAAGUUGCUAAUUGGAUACAGCUGGCCAUACCAGCAGUGGCGGGCCUAUUUCGGAGGUGGAACAAUAUGGCUACUGGCACUAGUAGGCCUAAUAUGGGUUGCAGAUCUAGUGACCACUCCAGCCCGACAACCGAAGUCCAACCGGAUUAUGGACAAGGUCACGGACAUUAUUUCACAAAAAAAAUUUUUCAUAAGCCGACUUAUUGUCACCAUUGUACAGAUAUGCUUUGGGGACUCAUAGGUCAAGGAUAUAUAUGUGAAGUAUGUAAUUUUAUUGUCCAUGAACGCUGUUUAAGGACAGUAGUAUCUCCUUGUUCAACUAUAGCAACAAGCACAAUUAAGAAUCCAGUUCCACAUUGCUGGAGUGAACUUGGGCAUCUUAAACGAAAAUUUUGCAAUGUAUGCAGAAAAAGAAUUGAAGAUAGUUGUGCAGUGAGAUGUGAAGUAUGUGAAUAUUGUGUCCAUCAAGAAUGUCAAGAUUUUGGAGUGGCAGACUGCAAAGAAUGUGCUACUUAUGUACCAAGUCAAGAUCAACCUUUAGUGCAAUAUCAUCAUUGGAGAGAAGGAAAUCUUCCUGGAAAUUCAAAAUGUCAUUUUUGUAAGAAGACAUGUUGGUCAGCAGAAUGUUUAACUGGAAUGCGAUGUGAAUGGUGUGGACUUACUUCUCAUGCAACAUGUUAUAAGAACAUACCUCCAGAGUGUAACUUUGGUGUAGUACAAAGUAUAAUGCUUCCUCCUAGUUGUGUGAUUAUACCUCGUACAGAUGUCCCUUUAGAAACAAUCAUAGGAGUGCAGUCACGGAGAAGAGAGACCACUUCUCUUUCCUCUCAUUAUGUAGCACGUAGUAUAUCUGAAGAAUUCUCCUCAACAAGUGAUUUAAAAAAUAAGGAAUUUGAUGAUUAUCCUUCUCCUAAAGAAAAGGAUAAAGAUGAAGAGCUCAUUAAAGUCUAUGAUGGUAAUGGAUCUAUGAAAAGAAAAUUGUAUAGAACAAUAUCAGUAUCAAGAAGUGCAACAAGGGAACAAAUAAUUGGCGCUGCUCUUAGAGCUUUUCACAUUUACGAUGAUCCAAAGCAUUAUUACUUAACAGAUGUUUAUGAUCAAGAAGAAAAAGAACUCGGAGAAUUUAUGCCUGUUCACAGUCUUACCAGGCGGGAAAACAAGAGACCUUCUAUUUACCUAAGAUUUCGGCCACCAGAUGCUGAUGCUGGAACAAUUAAAGUUUAUCAAGGAAAACUUAGUGUUAUGGAAAGCCACCAAGUAAUUGAUGUUACCAGUGACACUAGUGUAGAGGAGAUCAUGAUAACAACAAUGGAAAAAUAUGGAUUGGAUCCUGCUGAUAUCAAUAAAUUCCGUCUUAGUGAAGUUACUUUAGAUAAGGGAUCUGUUCAUGAAAGAGUAAUGGACAAUCAAGAAUCUCCAUGGGAACUUUUGAAGAAUGUAGCGAGGGAAUCUGUCAGGCAAAAAGAACUGACUAGGUUUUAUUUAAGACAAAAGGAAGAUUUACAUAGUUCUACUGUUGCCCUGUUUGUAGGAAAUCUUCCUCCUAAUUUAUCAGAACGUCAAUAUGAAAAUAUUUUAGUAGAUCUUCUUGGAAAACCUUAUAAAUUUCGUCAGAUAGGUCCUAUAUAUUAUGAAUAUGGUUCUUUAAUUAUUACUUAUGAUAAUGCAGAUAUUGCUGUUAAGGCAUUUUAUAUGCUUCGAGAAACUAAAUAUGAAGAUAAAGCACUUUUAGUUCUUCUGUUACCAAAUAUAAUUCCUGAAAUGAUUCCUAAUGGAAUUAGACCAUUACUUGUUUUUGUUAAUGUCAAAAGUGGAGGCUGUCAAGGGCUGGAAUUAAUUUCUUCAUUUCGAAAGUUAUUAAAUCCUUAUCAAGUUUAUGACUUAGAAAAUGGUGGUCCUCUUCCUGGGUUAUAUGUGUUUCGGCAUAUUAGAGAUUACAAAAUUUUAGUUUGUGGAGGUGAUGGAACAGUAGGUUGGGUUCUUCAGUGUUUAGAUAAUGUCGGUCAAGAUUCUGAAUGCCAGUCUCCUGCUUGUGCCAUUGUACCUUUAGGAACUGGUAAUGAUUUAGCUCGUGUACUUCGUUGGGGACCAGGUUACACUGGAGGAGAAGAUCCAUUAACUUUGCUCAAAGAUGUUAUUGAUGCAGAAGAGAUAAGAUUAGAUAGGUGGACAGUUGUUUUUCGUUCUGAUGAAAAGACAGAAGACAAGCAAGCCUGUGUUAGUAACAGUUCUGGUUCAACAUCUGAAGAUACUGCCAUCUUUGUGAUGAAUAACUAUUUUGGAAUUGGUAUUGAUGCUGAUUUAUGUCUAGAUUUUCAUAAUGCUAGAGAAGAAAAUCCAAAUAAAUUUAAUAGCAGACUUCAUAAUAAAAGUGUUUAUGUUAAAAUGGGUUUAAGAAAGAUGGUAAGUAAGAAAACAUGGAAAGAUUUACAGAGAGAAAUUAGACUUGAAGUUGAUGGGAAAGUUAUUGAUUUGCCUCCUGUAGAAGGAAUCAUUAUUCUUAAUAUUUUAAGUUGGGGAUCAGGUGCAAAUCCUUGGGGUCCAGAAAAAGAAGAUUUAUUUUCUAAACCAACUCAUUAUGAUGGCAUGUUGGAAAUUGUUGGGGUUACUGGAGUUGUACAUAUGGGACAGAUUCAAAGUGGUUUAAGAAGUGCCAUUCGUAUUGCACAGGGAGGUAGUUUACGCAUACGAUUAAAUACUGAAAUGCCAGUGCAAGUUGAUGGUGAACCAUGGGUCCAGAGUCCUGGAGAAGUUGUUGUAAUCAGGUCAGCACUUAAGGCUACCAUGUUAAAGAAGAGUAAAACCAAAAUUAAACGAAGAAAUACAGAACCAAGUAUGAUUGUGUCAACUAUGGAUGUCUGCAAUCAAGCGACUUCUGCAUCGGGCAGUUCUACUCAAACAACAGGACCAUUCUAAUAUAGCAUAACAGAUGUUGUCUGGUUAGAAUAGCCAGCUGUUGAUGGUAUGUCUUGCUUAUACCCCUGUCCAUGAUUCCUCUUUUCUGCUGCCUGUAUAACCUUUCUUAGUCAUAUUACAGAGGCAGUGUUUCUUCUAGUAUUGCCCCAUUGUAUAAAACAAAAUAGUCCAAACAAUCCAGUUUCAUUCUGUAUCUUGUCAGACUCUACGAACAAAUUAUUGAAUUUGACUGAGUUUAUAAUAACAGCUAUGGUGCCAAUUUAAUAAAUUAAAAAAAAAAAACCUCAUUAAGCCCAACUGAUAUAAAUUAAAGUUUUAAUCAGUUUCAAUUUAAGUUUUUGCUAAAAUUUGUCAGUAAUAAAUUAAUCAUAAAGUUGUUUGUUUAUAUACAGUAUAUAUUAUACUUUAUAUGCUAAACAUCAAUAGCAUAAACAUGCAUAUAAAUAAAGCAAAAAUUUGAUCUGAUGGAAAUUAUAUAUAUAUACAUUCUUUAUAAUUAUAUAAUGAUAAAAAUUAUAAACUUUUGUAAUUAAAACAAUUAUUAAAUCUAAAAUGAGUAUUUGUAAGCAUAAAAAAAGUUUUAUUCAUACAGUUGAUAAAUGAGUAUAUAUAUUUAUGUAUAUAUAUGUACUGUAUAUGAAAGUAAAGCAUAUUAUGUAGCAAUAUUUGCAUUAAGUUUUUAUCCUCCUCAAAGAUAUUUGGAGUGAUUAUUUAUUUAAUAGGCAUUUCAGAGAAUUAACAUUUUUUUGAUAGAUAUAAAAAUAUUUGAAUAAUAAAUUAGCUUUGUUUAAUCUAUGCUAUGGAAUGCUAAUUACUAACAUCAAAAAUCUAAAUUGGACAUAGCUGUUGAUUUUAUUGAGGAUUAUAUUGUGUAAAAUAUAUGUAUUGUAUUAAUACUUUCAGAUUGUUGCAUGCAGCCCUAUUAUCCUUUGUUCGUGUAAUUUGAUUUCUGUUGUGUCUACAUCUAAAAGUCACAGCUUUAUGAUAAAAAUAAUAAAAAUUAAAGAAAAAUAAUAAUCUUGAAAGUAUAUUUAUUUUUUGCUAAAAAAAAAUAUUUCAUGACACCAAUUUAAAAA